AUGGCUCAAAGCCCUCCCAAGGAGAGCGCCACAAACCUGCAUCACCGAGAUGCGCCGAACAUCCCGUUCCUGUCGGCACUGACACAAACUGACCACGAGGCUGGCUUGGCAGUUGAAGGCUUGUGUUUCUUUCCGAGGAGAACCGAGGGGAUAACGAGAAGAAGAAGAGAAAAACAAAAGCCAAAACAAGCCAAGCUCCCGCGUGUCAGGAUGCGAAUCACGCGUGCACUCGCCCCUUUGGGACUACUACCACUCCCUGCCGCCGCGGCCGCGGUCGCCGUCGUAGGGAUCCCCCUGCGAGGGAUCGAAACCACCGCCUCAUCCGCUGCCGUGGAACCCCGCCAAGCCGGAGACGGAAGCAUCGGAAACCUCAAGAUGUGCCGCGACGUGUCGCUCGUGCAGUCCCGACCGGGGCAGUCCCUCAACGACACCCUGGCCGCGACGUGCAACGCCGGGCCGGCCGAGUACGUCAACGCUCUGGACCUGAACGAGUGCCUUGGCGUUGAUCCUGCGACGCUGGAGCUGGGGUGGGCGCGGGCCGGCCGGCUGAGCAGCUUCUGCUCGGGGUGCGAGCUGUCGGAGAACGAGUGGGGCGGCGACCGCGACGACCCGCACGCGCAUGUGGCCGUCGGCAGGGUCACUUUCCGCUGUGUCUGCAGCGACGCCGGCCAGGAUCACUCCAGCUCUGUGCGGCUCGACGACGGCAGCGUCGAGGGCAAGGACGGCGUGCUGACAUGUCGCAACGGCAGGCGCGCCACCGCCAUCCGCAUGAACCCGGACGCCCCGGUGCGCACCGAGCCUGGCAGGUGCGGCCUCGGGCUCGGGGAUAUGGGAUACAUGGACUGCAUUCCGAAACUGGACAACGGGAAGAUCAUCCCCAUCGGCGACCGUAACAAGUUCGGCAGCAAGUUUAACGACUGGCGAGGUGACUAA